AUGAAAUCAGAAUUAAAUGAAAUGAUCAAUUUAUUCAUUACAACUAAAUCUUUAAAGAAUUUAAAAAUAUCAUCAGUAAAUUUUAAACAUUAUCCAUUCGAGUAUGGAACAUAUGCUCGUUAUUAUGAUUAUUUUUAA